AUGUUAGAAGUAGAUUUUAUACCGAAUUUUAUUUACCAGUCUACAAGUGGAAAUAUUUCUAAUAAUAAAUCUAUGAUUUUACAAUAUAAGAAUUUAUAUUUCAUUUCUUACAAUAAUACACUCAAUAUUUGGAACUUUAAGACAUCUACGCUGGUUAAAUCUUUGCGUCAUAAAAAAUACAAUAUUUCUUAUUUUGAUAUUUCUGAUUCUUUACUGUUUGUUGGAUUUAGUAGUGGACUUAUACAAGUCUAUAAAUUAAAUAAUGAUUUUGAAAAAUAUCUUGAAUACAAAAUACAUACAAAGCGGAUUAUAAAUAUAGUGUUAGAAAACAAUUUGUUAAUUUCCGCAUCGGCAGAUGGUCUAUUAAUGAAAUACGAUUUAGAUUUUGAAAGAGGUACAUGCAUUUUACAAACAAGUCCUUUAGAUGUAUUUGAUUAUAAAUACAAGAUAUUUGGUAUUGCCACUGGAGAUGCAACAUUUACUACAAUUAAAAAUGAUAAAGAACAUGCUAUUAUUCUUGACAAUAGAUUGAAAUACUUGUUUAUUUUAGAUGAUUACAGUUUUUUAUUUAUUUUUAGAAAUAAUGACGUAAAAAUAUAUGAUUCUUCAACUGACACUUAUAAAGAAAUUAAAAAAUUAAAAAAAAUAAAAUCUGCAAAACGCAUUGAUGGUAAAAUAUUUAUUUUAGGUGAAAAGAAAUUAUUUUCUUUUAUCAUUAAACGAAAUAAAAAUGAAUUUUGUUUAGAAGAGCAAAAAGUUGUUGAUAUAAAUUCUAAUUCUAUAGAUUUUUAUGUAUGCAAUCAAACAUCUUGCUUUAUUACUGCAGACAAUUCUUUUUUUAGCGGUAAAUUAAAGUUAGAAUUUCACUGCAAACCAAUAACAGAUUUAAAAAGAGAUAAAAAUGAUAGAAUUUGUACACUUAGUAAAGAUAAAUUUAUAGUCUGGAAUGUUUGUACUAAUACCUUAAUUUGUUAUAACCAAAUUAAAUUAUCUGAAGGAUUAGUUUUCGAUGUUUUUUCAUCGUAUUAUGUUAUCGGAGAAAAUAAUAGAAUUUUAUUUGUUAAUUUUAACGAUUUAAAAAUUUUUAAAAUUUUAGAUAAUGACGUUAGAGGAAAGAAUUGUGUACAAAUAUCAGUAAGUGAAUAUUCUAAAAAUUUUAAUGAACAAAAAAAUGAAAUAUUAGGUAUUGCCAUUAACCAAAAAAUUAAUUUUUACGAUACAAACAUAGACUUCCUGGAUUCACUAGAUCUUCCUGACUAUGUUUCUUCCUUUAAAAUAUACAAUAAUUUUUACUUUGUAGGGCUUCUUAACUCUAAAGUGUAUAUUUAUGAUAAAAAUAAAGAUUUAAUAAAAACACUGUAUGGUCAUUCUUUGCCAGUUACUAAUAUUAAUUUAAGUGAUAAGUUAAUUUAUACUAUUGGUGCGGAUAAGAUGCUUAAAAUAUGGGGCCUUGAUUUUGGAGAUUGUAGGAAAAGUAUAAUAGCAAAUGAUAGCAUUAAUUUACAAAUAUUAAGUGACAAUUUAUUUAUUAUAGGAAGCACUAAUCUUAAAUACUACAUAGGAUAUAAAAUUUAUUACGAAAAAAAAUAUUUUGAUUCCAAUUUACUUUUACUUUGUAAAGACUUUCUUAUAGGAGCUAAUGGAAAUAGUAUAAGUUUAUAUGAAAUAGAUAAAUAUGAGUUAGAAAAAAUUAAUGAAAUAAGUGAGGAAAGUGAAAUACUAACUACAAAUAAUAUAAAUAUUAUUAACACAUCGAAAUAUGAAGAAUUUAUAGAUAUUUUGGAAGAUAAAAAUAAUUACAUUAAAUUUAAUAAAUUUAUAUGUGGGAUUGGACUUGGCGAUUUAGACAGUUAUUUAAUUUUACUAAGUGCUACACAGAUAUAUUCAUUAAUAGAUUUAUUAUUUCAAUGUAAAAAUACAAUUGUAGCAAGUCGAAUAUUUUGUACGCUUAUAUCUAUGCAUAAAGAUAUUAUUAUGGGCUAUAAAAGGUGUGACGAACUGAGGGAAAAUCUGUGUAUUAAAAUGAAAGAUAUAAGAGAUAAAUUAGGGAAAAAUACUUACAAAAUUAUUUUUAAAACAGGAGAAAAAAUUUAA